AUGACUGCUCUAGCGCCAGUUUCCCAGCCCAUUGGCGUCUUCCCUCAGUUCUUUGCCCAGAGGCCUGAAGUCAUUGUGCUGAAAGAAAAGGUGCUCUCGCUAACGGGUGACUCCUUCAGCAUUGAAACCAUCAACGGCGCACCCAUUCUUCAGGUCGAGGGCAAAGUCAUGUCCAUUUCCGGCCGCAAAAAGGUGACCGAUAUGGCUGGAGUCCAUCUCUUCAGUAUUGUAAAGGAGCAUCUACAUAUUCAUGCGACCUUCAAGGUGGAAGGCCCUAACGGCGAGGUAAUCAUGAUGGUGAAGAAUCAUUUCAAAUUGGUGGGUAGCAAAGCCACAGCCACAUUCACCUCGCAAAAUGGGCGCCCGGAGACGCUAAUCAUGCACGGAAACUGGUUCGACACUACGGCUGACAUUGUUGACGAGGCACAAGGCGAUAUCAUAGUCGCUCGCAUCGACCGCAAACUUCUCAGCAGCAAAGAUGUCUUCUUUGGACAACAAACGUAUGCUGUGCAGGUUGCGCCAGGCGUGGAUAUGGCUCUGAUAGCAGCACUAUGCAUUUGCCUUGACGAGAAGAAUAACGAGAAAUAG